AAAUGGCAGGCCAACUCCAGUACGACAUCGAAAGAAUGAAAUGCAUGUUCAAGUUCAACCUGACACAAGAGAGCAUAGAUACCUAUCUCGACGGAAAGGAGUUCUAUAGAAAUGAAAGAAUAUGUAAACGCAGCUGACUCGACUUUUUCGAGAAGGAGCCUGAUACUGAUGAUAUACUCACUUAUUCCUCCAAAUUUGAUCAUUGUAUAAAAGACUGAGAAACCCCCACCAAAACCUUCAUCAAAAUGCAAAAAUAAGCACACAGACAUCGCCAGGCUCACUUACAACAAAAACAUCGAAAAAUGCCAAGAAAUGUACUCCAAUGCGCCCUCUGACCUCCUCGAAUGCAUCAACCACAACACAGACAAAGUAGAUCGUAGGUUCUUCGGCUACUACAAUCAGAAGAAACUAAAGUUAUUAGCUUAGAUAACUCAGUGGACGGAAAUUUUCAAUA